UCCAAGGUCGUGUGUCUGUUGCAUACGAGUCUUAAUAUCCUUAAAAACUGAUCAUUUCACCGAUUAUUAGUCGUACGGUGAACACAAUCAUGGUUUAAGGUAUGCAAUUUAUUACUUUAGCACGGAGCUAUAUACGAGUACGAAACAGCGAUUCCGGUGUAACCGAUUUGAAAACCGGUAAAACCGUUACCCGUCCAUAUAAGGUGCAAAUUGCAGUAUAGUCACAGUAUCUGUAAGCUAAGAAUUUAGAAGAAAAAAAAAUUAUCAUAAUCACAACCGCAGAGCGACACUAGCAGUCAAGCCUCAGCAGAGUAAAAAAUGGUUUCACGCAUCGGCUACGUUCAAACGAGACUUGGUGCGGUAGUUGAGGUAUUUGUAUUGGUGACAGUCGUCGGAGUGAUCACGCAAUCGCUGGCAUCAGACGACACGAAAGUCCACGAUAAGAGACAGUUGGAAAACGAUUGGGCGUCCACAUCGAAAACAAACCACAAAGGACCGAACACGUACGAAUUUAGUUACGACGUGGAAAAUGCGCCAACAAACAACAUACAAUACCGUAUGGAAGAACGUCAUCCCAACGGGAGCGUUGUGGGAAGUUACGGGCAAGUCCAACCUGACGGUAAAAUUAGAGUCGUGUCCUACGUUGCGGACAAAGACGGUGUUAAGACUUACGUCAAGGACAACGGCGGUGGCGAUAAGUAUGUGGCCGAAGGAUCUAGUCUGGACCCCGUGCAGCGGGUCACGUCGCAGAUAAUACAGACGGCCGUAAAGUCGCAACAACACAAGUCGCCGUUGCACGACAAGUAUCACCGGCCAACGCCCAGCACCGCGGCCGCAGCCGGCCAACGGGUGGACACGGCGCACGCGUAUCACCAGCAGAGGACCAACUUAGAUCCGGCCGCGUUCCGGCCGGAAGACUCGCCGGGCUUCCAGGAAACCAAUCAGCCGUUUGUCGGCGACCAGCUCAAGGACAAGCUGCAAUCGUCUUACGCCGAGUACCGGGUCGGUCCUCCUUCUCAGCAGCAACCAGCGCCACACCAACUGGUCCAGAACUCCGCUCCCCUGCCGCCCGUGGUCCCAUAUAACUUGCAGCAGGGCGCCGUGCCGGCCCAGCAGCCGUCGCACUACGUGCUAAACGUACCACCAUUGCCCGCUCUGGCCGAUAACUCACCGCUGCCGUUGCUGCCCGGCCAACAGCCUCUGCCCAUCACGCCUGACAGAGGGCCCAUCAUGAUACAACUCCAACAACCGCAGCAGCAGCAGCAGCAGCAGCAGCCUCCGCCGCCACAGCACUACUUGCAGUAUCAACCCACGCAAGUGCACCAACAGCAGUUGAGAUUGCCACAGGGCCAACAGCUCCACCCCAGUCAAGUGCAACAAUACCAACAGCAGCCGGUGAGGGUACAGCCUCCGGUGCACUUACAGCAACAGGUCCACCAGUUGGCGCCGAAUCAACAGCAGACCGUCCAAUAUCAGCCGCAACAGGCCAGAGUGGUGUCGCAGCAGACUCUACCGCCUCAAUACCUUCAGCAGCAAUUGCAGCAGCAGCAGCAGCAACAACAGCAACAGCAACAGCAAAAAGUCCCGUACCAGCAAUCCGUCAUGCAACAGCAGUACCCGCAGCAGGUCAACAUACCGGCACAUCCGUCGCAGCUGCAGAUCAGAGGCAACGUACAGCAACACCACGCGACGGUGCCGAUGCAAUUCUUUCACCAGCCAAAUCCGGCCACCACGGUGGAACAGUACCGACAACAGUUGCAAUUGCAGGCGGCCGAAUCGCAGAUAUUCCCGGUCUUCGUGUUGCCGCCGACCGACACCAUUUUAGAUUUCCAAAGAAAGCGUCUACGAUUUUAAGAAUAAACGUUCGUUUAUAAUAUAAUAUAACAUCGUGUUGUGUCUCGACAGGAAUAAACGCAUGUUUCGUUUAAGUUUGAUUUUUUUUCCACAUCGACCGUCCUGCAGAUGCGUAUGAACAUCGCACCGUUGUAAAUGUACAAACGAAUUUUCACAAAACAUGUAAUAUUAUAAUUAAACCUGCCUAUACGUGUAUUUUUUGAUGAAUAUAAAUUUAGAUUUUUUUGAUCAUUA